AUCAGUACUUGUUGGAGCCUUGCACGGUAUGGUUCUCGCAGCUCCUUGUCCCGGGAAGGUCAGGCCUCAGCGAUCGUACAGAUUUUUUGGUCUAUGAGGCUAUCCUGGAUUCCUUAGAAACCAACGAACCGUGAUAACGAAAAUCGCUGAAACGCAGCGACUUACCAGAGUGCAGCGUUUAAAAUCUUGUGUUAAUUCAGUGACUUAUAAUUAUCUUAUGAAAUCACGAAUUUCAUAUUAUAAUAAACUUCGAAUAAUUUUUCUUUACAUUAAAGUUCUGCUGACAAUAACAGUGAACUCAUAGUUAUUAUUGGUGAUGAUUUAUCUGUCAUUAUAACAACAGUAACGAAGUGCCGACAAAAUGUUUCACGAGAAAACCUCUAAAAACAUCAGGCCGCAAGGGUCGCGAGAAAGUUCCUUGUGUUCCAAACAUAAAAUCCGCGAGGAUUUCAAAAGACCGAUUGUGUUCCUGUUGGUGGUGCUUCUUUUGAGCUUUCUGGCGGGGAUUCCAGGCACAACGGCGCAGGAUUUAAAACUCGUCGACAACGGAUACGAAGGAUUGAUGGUCGCCAUCGAUGAGGGCAUCCCUCAGGAACAAUGCAAGAGGAUAUUGCACGGCCUCAAGACGGUGCUGGGGGAAUUCUCAUCGGAGCUCUACGCCAGCACCGGCGGUAGAGCCUCCCUGAGUCAGGUUACUGUGGCCCUACCGCGCACCUGGGGAGAUGACCUAUCUUCUUGCGCUUUAAUGCAACCGUUGACAUCAGUCGCUCCUCCCGUCAGGCCUCAUGUCUCCAUCACUAAACCCCAUCCAGUUUUUGGUAACAGGCCAUGGGCUCAGCAAACUCAAGGCUGUGGUAAGCCUGGAGAUAGAAUAUACGUGGGAGCAGAUCUCCUCAAUUCUGCAUCGAACGACACACAUUCUUACACUGCACGACUCCUGCUCGCAGAGUGGGCUAAAUUCAGAUGGGGAAUAUUUGAGGAGCGCGGGCACUAUGGAGAUGCGUUAUAUCCUCCUCUAUACCGAGACCCUACUACUCAUCGUCUGCGUCCCAACGAAUGUUCUGACCCAACACAAAAUCAAGUUCCGUUUUGUAGUUCUAAGCAACACGUGCCUGAAGCUCCCACGAAACACAACGCCCUCUGUGGAGGGAGACCUGCGUGGGACAUCAUCACGCAAUCUGAUGAUUUUUCUACUGAAAAGAAUCUCGCUCGUAACUUGACAGGCCAUCUCGCACCCUCAUUCCGCUUCGUGCAGGAAAGUUCCCCUCGCUUCGUGCUCGCUGUGGAAGACACUGCAAUCAUGAAUAUGCAGCGACGCUGGGAAUUUGUUCGCAAGGCAGUUAGGAGAGUCGCUGUCUAUGACAUCCCCGACGGAGCUCAUGUAGCAUUAGUGGUGUUUAAUUCUGUUGCUCGAACAGUAGCACCACUAUCCAAAAUGGACUCAGUAUCUGAUGUGCGCCAACGAGUUGGUUCUUCAUUGCCUCGAAACCCCUCAACUGUACCUGAAAGUCACAAGUGCGUUUUGUGCGGCUUGCAAGAAGCGUUGCGAGCACUCGACAGUGACUCCAUUGGAGCAGCUGGAGCAAACAUCAUCUUGAUAACAACUGGAGCUGGAGCCGCCACACAUCACCAAAUGGACGAAAUGAUUCGUUUGGUGCAGUCCCGAAGAGUUCGUGUCACGCCGAUAUUGUACCCACUCACUGAGAGGCCCGGCACCGCUUCAUCAUCAGCAUCGCAAAGUCUGGAGUCGUUGGUGUUGGCGAGCGGUGGAAGCACACGAACGUUCACUGUCAUGGACGAAGGGGUGGGCAAUGACUCUAAGGUGAGCAUGCUAGUGGCACUGAUGGAUGCACUGCUGGCCGCAGUGCGAGUCAGCGGUCCGGUCGAUGCAGUUGACACUCCAGUCAUUGUAGAAAGCACAGCUUACCCAGGAGGAAUUGCCUCAAUGUCUAGUGGAUCAUUUACUCUAGAUGAUUCAUUGGGCCCUGACGUUCGAUUCUCAGUUUACUACUACGACCUCAACCACGUCGGAAACGCCAUUCAACUCACGACUCCCACUGGCCAAGUCAUGUCGUCGGUGAAUAUGCAAGAAGAAGACGGAGAUGCAAAUGUUAUUUUCGUGAACAUUCCUAAGGCUGAGCGAGGAAUUUGGCGUUACAAGGUAGAAAAUCGAGCAGAUUCUCACCAGGGGCUUCACGUUCAAGUCGCUGCCUGGCCGAGCAAAAACAGAAAUGUCAAUGUCCGUGUAUGGACGAGUAACGAUGGAGCAGAAUUGAAUCCAUCUGAUCCUGCUCAACCGAUCAUUCUUUUCGCUGAAGUUAGGGAUGGAGAUUACCCUAUACUGAAUGCCCAUGUUGUGGCUAAACUUCAGAGGCUGGGCACUAACACAACAGGCAGUGGCUACAAGCCUACUUUUAUUGAACUCUUCGACAAAGGAAUUGGAGAUCCUGAUAUCACGUCAGGCGAUGGUGUGUACUCCAGAUACCUCCCACAAAUGCUGCUUUUCCCCGGGCACUACGAACUCACAGUUACAGCCACCCACAACAACGGCCUUGCCCAAGUGCCAGCCGCUGACACUCUGGGUCGCCGGGCCCGAAUGGAAGGUGAUCACGAAGUGCGUAAAUGUUGCGGCAGUGUCAUUGCUUACAAGCACGUUAAACCUGUUGCGCCUUUUAACCGCCAAGUUCCUUACGGAGUAAUCAGCGUGGUGCACGAUGCCUCUGAGAGGGACAUUUUCCCCCCAUCUCGCAUCCUUGAUCUACGCGCUCAGUUGAACGAAACAACGAGGUUAGUCACCCUGAAGUGGACAGCUCCUGGGGAUGACUAUGAUUGGGGUAGAGCCAAUUUUUAUGAAGCAGUCAUAGCAGACAGCUAUGCUCAAGCUAAAGCAAUGGACGGAGAACAAAUACCUGGGCUCCCAACACCCAAUACUGUUCCCACGGAGCAAGUUAUGACUUUUGAGGUUAAGAAGUACGAUCAGAUGAUUUAUAUCGCUGUUCGAGCGAUUGACUCAGCUAGCAAUCGAGGUGGCGUCAGUAAUGUAGCAACUUUGCUUGUUCCUCAGCCUCCAACAACUCCUCCUCCUCCAAUGACUUUCCCGUCGAAUGCUCAUCCAAGUGCCUCUACAGAACCAAGAGGUCGUGGAGUUACGCAACCCAUUCGCUUAGCAGGAUUGGCCCUUGAAGACAUUGCCGUGAUUGGAGGCGUUGUUGGCGGAUUUAUUGUCAUCAUUGCCAUUUUUGCGAUUGUGUGUGUCUUGCACUUGAAGCGACGUAGGAAGCACUCCAACAAGAAAGAGGUUGCUCACCGGGUGGAAGCUAAUCGUAACGUUAUGGUUAAAAGCAAUUCGGCUGUCGUUAUCGACCAUGAAGAUAGUCAUGAUUCCGCAGACAGCACCGUUAAAGACGCGGAGGCUCUUAAGCCUGUGCGGCCAUUAUCACCUGUACAAUCUUGGGCAGCUUCGAAGCUUUUAGCAGAACACGAGAGGCGGUUUUCCGUCACGAGUGGCCCUGUCAUGCCUAAUCCAAACCAUGCCAUGGAAUACAACGCCUCCAUGCACGAUCCUUUUCCCGACGUUACCUUGACAGGUACUCAUUCUUACCCCAGUUCUCAGACUCCUUCCACUACGCAUUCAGAUCCUCCUGCGUACCAGCAAUCCUUCACAGAAGGCUAUGCUCCGUAUCCAUACCAAUACGCCACAGGAUACAGCCACGAAGACCUGCCUCCGUACACCCCUGGUCUUUCCUCACAAUCUUCCCAAGCAUCAACCGCAUACGCUCACGAGGUUCCGCAGCCGGCAAUGGGAGAAGGCGCAUACCCGGCUGAGCUGCACCCGUUCCAUCCCAGUGACAUGCCAGCCUUUGUUUCUGAUAACUAUAACUCGGCCCAAGCCCAUAUGUACGCCCCAUACCCAGACAAUCCCAACUUGAGGCCCAUGGUCCCCGCACGAACCAAAGUCCCUCCUCCAGUGGCCCCAAAACCCCAGGGUUCCCGCGCCCCCGUCCCUCCUGUUGUCCCCACCACCUCGUCUAAUGGGGCCAUGGGGUCGCCGAGCAGCAUGGGUGAACCUAAACGUCGCAACGUAACGCAGGUGUAAAAAACUUUUUAUUUUUAUUUGUGGCUAUGAGUCACGUACGUGCAUAUCUCUUCUUACAUAAGGUAUAAAUAUUUUCCCAGCGCCAUUCCUCAGCGGCUUCAAAUAAUUUAGCAAAAUUUAAUUUUUUACUGCAACACAUAAACAUAACAACCCUUCAAUAAUUGGCAAAUUUUGUAACGUAAAAAAAGCUUUUAUUCGAGUACAUAAAUAGAGAUAAAAUCAGAAAUUCAUCGGUUUUGAGAAUCACUAAGAUUAUUUAUAGUCUAGCCUCUAUGCUGUUGAAGGCUGAAGCAUAUCAUUGGCUUAGACGUAUAACUUUAAACCAGUCGCGUAUAGAAAAUCAUGUGUUAGAGCAUUCUGUGUCCUAAGCAGUUAUAACUCAGUGUCUGUGGUACUAUAUAAAUGUUUCCAUUUAUUCGCUGGAAAAUAAUGCUGUAUCUAAUGUUGAAGAUUACAGCAAAAUUGCGGCGCGUCGUGUAGCGUUAACAUUCGUGUAGAAAAUGUGUGUAAAAAUUUAUGUAUAUAUGGAACGCAUAACCACUUCUUCAAGUGCUAUCCAGUAUUACUGACGAAGAGUUGUCAAUGUUAUAAUUGCUGUUGUUAUGUAGUUGAGUGUAAACAACCGCGUUACUUGGCCUUCCAUUAAUGAUUCUUGUUAGGAUUCUCACAUUUAAAUAAUAUUUGUUACAUUUAUUCUGGGUUAAAUUUUAGCUUGAAA